ACCCUGGAAGUCCCUGUUACUGGUCCCUUCUGCUUCUGAGAACACACGCUUAUUACAGGACAAGAAAUCUCCAUAUCCAGCUGCUGCACAUCAGCCUCUCAGAGUUCUCAAUGUACUUUUGAUUUGUGGAGUACCUGAAAGUGUUUCUCAUCCAGACCCACCAUGAAAGCCACCGUAUUCUUCAUUUUCUUCACCAUUUUGACUCAGGUCAGAGCCCAGUACUACCACAGCCUUAUGAACUACCUGGAAAGUAGGAUGCUUGCUAUAGAGGAACGUAUUGCACAGUGGCAUGAACAAAACAGCCGCUACAACUCCGACCUGAAGGAAUUCAGACAGCAAGCGGCAGACCUGUUGGAAAAGUUGGCCAAGGAGGACAAUAAACUGCGUUUGGACAUGGAGGGUGCGGUAGCACGGGUCGAUCGAGUGGAAAGAGAGAUGGACUACAUUGAAACCAAGAAUCCCCCCAGGCCUUGUGUUAAAGCUGCAGACAAAAUGGUGGAACAGGAUGUGGUUGUCAGAGAGAGGAAGAAGGAAGAGUUCUUUGAGAUGUCGGUGUGCGUUAACAUCAUGUCCAGUAUUCGAGCAAUGAAGAUUCUCAAGAGGCUCGGGAGUCCCAAAGGUGUAUGGACCAAAGAUGCCAGAUCAGCAAAAGUCUACGUCUUCAACAGCACGUCUGACAACACGCUGUAUGAGUUCAGCUCGGUUCGAGAGCUUUCGGCAUCAUCAGGCAUAUCUAACGGCAAACAGAUCACCCUUCCUUCUGCCUGGAACGGGACUGGACACACAGUGUUCAAUGGCUUCCUCUACUACAUCAGCGAGAGCUCGGAGAUCCAAGUUAUUAAAUAUGAUCUUAAGAACGGCUCAAUUGCAGACAGCACAGUUUUUCCAACGGAGAACAACAGCCCUGUGUACGGCCUUAAUCCAGAGACCCUGGUGGACCUGAUAGCAGAUGAGGAUGGCCUUUGGGCCUUGUAUCCUUCCGGGGAUACCAUUAACGUAGCUAAAAUGGACUCAGACUCUCUAGAUAUAGAGCAGAUGUGGGACACAGCUUGCCCGAGAAACAACGCCGAAGCGGCUUUUAUUGUCUGCGGCACAGUCUACGUGGUUUAUAACACUAAGCCACCGAGCCGCUCGCGCGUGCAGUGCGUCUUUGAUGUGAACGAUAUGGUAAGCAGCGGCGAGGCCCCUCUUGUUUAUUUCCCCAGACGGUACGGGGCUCAUUCCAGCCUCAAAUACAAUCCGGAGGAGCGGCAGCUUUAUGCGUGGGAUGAUGGGUACCAGAUUAUUUAUAAAUUAGCCCUGAAGAAGAAGCUAUGGGCAACUAUGCCACCUCCUGAGGAAUAGAA